UAACUCCAAACAGGUACUUCUAGAAGGCUCAGUCUGCGGAGCGCUUGAGUAGGAAUAGAGCGUUGUGUCGCUUGUGAGAGAGCAGUCGCAAUGAGUGCACAGGACAUUUCCUCUGUAAUGAACUAUGGAAUGACCAAAACCCAUCAAAUCCCUGUUGACCACCUUGAUUACAGUUUCAUAGAGAACUGUUCAGACAUCAAACAUCUGGAAAAGAUUUUGUGGGUUCUCAGGUCUGGUGAAGAAGGACAUUACCCAGAACUAAUAGUGUUUUGUGAGGAACAGAUUGGGAAUUUAGCUCCUCACAGUCGUGCUUUGCGGAAAGACAAACCCCCUGCCACUGCCUCUGACUUCUCAUCAGAAGACUGGACAAAUAUUGCCAAUGAUUUAAAGGAGUGGCUGGUGGAUAUGAAAAUGAAAGAGCAAAACGAAUCUGUUAUUCCACCUGACACAGAAAAUCUUCCACCUAUACGGAGUUACACUAGUCUCCCCGCUGACAAUAAGAGAGGAAAAGAGAGGACAGGAUUGAGCAAAAAAGCCCCACGGGACUACAGAGACUGGGAUAAAUUUGAUGUGGAGAAAGAGUUGUCAAAAAUUGAAGAUAACCCUGAGACAAAGCAACAAUCAAAGACAACAAUAAAUCCUAAAACAUCAGCUAUUAAGAAGACGUUAGACACAGCAGGUUUGAGCCCGACACAAAGAAGAUUUAUUGCAGAAAAUGAGAAAGAAAAGGGAAAUGAAGCUUUCAGAUCUGGGGACUACCAGGAAGCAAUAGUAUAUUAUAGCAGGAGCAUUUCUGUGUUUCCCUCAGCAGCAGCAUAUAACAACAGAGCACAAGCAGAGAUCAAGCUGAGUAACUGGCGGAAGGCACUGAAUGACUGUGAGAGAGUGCUGGAGUUAGAUCCUGGAAACACCAAAGCAUAUUUACGGAGGGCCACAGCCCAUAAGAACCUGGCCAAUUACAAGGCAGCAACAACUGAUCUAAAUAGAGUCUUAAGUCAGGAACCAGAUAACCCAGUUGCUAAGAAAGAGUUUGCUGAAGUCGAGGAGCUGCUGCAGAAGGCAGAGGAAGCGAGUCGGUGCAAAGGAAGGAAAAUUGUUAUUGAGGACAUAGAAGGGUCAGAUGAAGACGAAGCCGGUGUGUCAGUGGGAGGAGAGCCAGCGGGGGAGCACAGUGACAUGGGGAAUGCACACAAUAAGCCCUUUCCCAAGAAAAACUGCCCCAGGAGCGAGGAAUGUGGGGCCCCCAGUCACACACAGAAUGGAGUGAAGAAAGACUGCGGCAAUGGACAGCAGCCAAGGAAACCAUGCGAAGGGGACAGCCUUAAGCAGAACAGAGUGCCAAUCCCUGGCACUGAGAACACAGCAAAGAGUGAAAUUAAGGAAGUGAAGCCUUCCUCAGAGCCCCUUCCUACAGCGGCACGGCUGAAGUCAGAAGGCAACCAGCUGUUUAAGAAUGGCCAGUUUGCUGAGGCUGCACUCAAGUAUUCAGAAGCCAUAGAAAAUGUUAAGAACACACGAUCAGAGAAUGCGGAGGAACUGGCCAUCUUGCAUUCUAACAGAGCUGCUUGCCACUUGAAGGAUGGCAAUAGCAGAGAGUGCAUUGAAGAUUGCAACAGGGCAUUGGAGCUGCAGCCAUUCUCAGUGAAGCCGCUUUUACGCCGGGCGAUGGCUAAUGAGUCCCUGGAGAGAUACAGACCAGCAUAUGUGGAUUAUAAAACUGUCUUGCAGAUUGACAGUUCCAUGCAAGUUGCACAUGACAGUAUCAACAGGAUUACAAGAACGUUAAUAGAACAAGAUGGGCCCGACUGGAGAGAAAAACUGCCCCCAAUUCCCACUGUACCGAUCUCCGUUCACCUACAGCAACAUGGAGGUGUCCCUGCUUCCAGUAGCAGCCAGCCCAAGAUUCUGGUGGAACAUGGUAAAUCGCCCGAGGAGAUGUUGCAGGCUCUGAAAACCGAAGGCAAUGAGUGUGUGAAGAAAGGACAAUACAGAGAGGCUGAGAAGAAGUAUAGUGAAUGCUUGAAGAUAAAUGCAGAAGAAUGUACCUUGUACACAAAUAGGGCCCUGUGUUACUUGAAACUGAGUGAGUACGAGGCGGCCAGGAAGGACUGUGAAUGCGCUCUGCAGAGGGACGCUUUAAAUAUCAAAGCCUUGUACAGACGAGCACAGGCCUACAGAGGAUUAGAGGAUUAUCAGGCGUGUGCUAAUGAUCUCCGAAAAGUCAUCUCUGUGGAUCCUAGUAUUACAGAAGCAAAGAAACUGCUGGAUGAAAUAGCUCCCUUUCUUACAGCAGCUGAUGGUCUUGUCAAGGAGAAGGAAAAGCAGAGAAAGAAGAUCCUAAUAGAGGAGGUGAAUGAGGCCAAUGUGGAUGGGGAAGUGUCUGAUAAUAAACACUGCAAUGGGCAAGAAAGGAGUGCAACAAUGGCAGCCACAACACGGUCUCCCAUUACCAGACCUGCCAACGCCUAUGAGUUUGGCCAGCAGUUAAAUGAUAUAAAAGUGAGGAAAGACGAGACUGGCUGUGCGGAACUCUUGUCUGUCACCGAGCCAAAGGACUUGCCUGCGCUUAUGAGCAACAAGUUAGAGGAGGACACUCUGCUGCUAAUCGUGCGCUCCAUGAAACACAGUCUGCUUCCCACGGCCCCCGCUCUGGUAUUCCAGCAUCUCUCCCACCUGAGCAAAGCCGAGAGGUUUAAGAUAGUGAUCAUGCUCUCCAGUAAGAGUGAAAAGGAUGAAAUUCGGGAUCUCUUUGAUUCCCUCGCUCAGAACCAGAAUGGGGAUAUGGAGCGGGAGGCCAUACUGAGUCUGGCAAAGGAAUACGACAUUUCCCUCUGAAUUUCUAUGCACAGUUCCACUGGCACGUACCGCUGGGGCAGGCUGAACUAUGCAAUAAUUACGCAUGAAUGGUAUUUAAGUCAUAUAUGCAAUCUCCAUCCAAUAAGAAUGUACUAUACUUGCCGCCAAUAUUAUGCACUGAACUUUAUGUCAGUAUUGUAACGAAAUCCAGGGAAUGCAGCGGGGUUUCGCCCCAAUUUGCCCCGUUUGCAUUAUUCCUGCCACAAGUUCAUUCUGCAGCAGGAAUUUCAUUACCAAGUAAAUUGCCCUAUUGACUGCGCUGCUGCCAGAGGUGCCUGAACCCCACAAUCAAUUGCUCUAACUGAUUAAUUGCACGUUUGCUCUGCUGAGCAGCUGCGGCAGGGAGAACGCUGGCUUUGCCCUCCCACUGUCAUGCCCAGGUUUAGCCACAACUGGUUCUCAUUUGUUAUCAUAUUUAUUCCCAUACCGUUACUAUUUCCAUGGAUAGAAGAGACACACGUUCCAAUACAGGAAUCACUAGGAACCCCGAGCAAGGCAGGGGUAUUUGUUUCCCUGUGUGUAACUAUGAGAAGCUGCCGUAUGUACAUACCUCUAGCAUUACAGUCAGAGAAUACGUCCCUGCUGGUUAGUUAGUAAGGGACAUGUAACAACCGCUGUAUAUAUUUCUGCUUGACCAAAUAAGGAUCUUUGUAUUUAAAUACAUGUUUUAUUCUUUUUGCUGUGAGCACAGGAGACGUCGGUAUCUCUGCUGUUACAUAUUUAUCACAUUGACAAUGGUAAAUAUUUUUACAUCUAAGCCAAAAC